UUUAGUUUUUUUUUUUUUUUUAACAAGUAAACACGGUCAGCUAGUUAAAAGCGAAUCCACGUUUCCAGAAAGGAGGUGCAUCAAAGUGCUGGAACAUUCAGCUGGUGGGUCGGCAACGUUCCAGAACUGUGGUGCUCAACUCACCAUUGGCAUAAGCUAAAGCUAAGGUGGUCUUCCUGGAAGAGACCAUCUCCACAAAUAUUUAGGGAUUUCUCUGCCACCCAGACUGUCUCUUAUCUGUACAGCAGCCAAUUUCACUGCAUCACGAGCUGAUGUCACAAAGCUUCUUCAUUCAAGCCUCAUCCUCCCCAAGAGAAACCUUCUGGAUCUUGAGGGAUCCUAGAAAGGACCAGUUCCUGAGCUCGGAGCCCAUCCAUGUCGGUGGUGAAAUCUAUUGAGCUGGUGAUACCCAAGGAAGUGUACGUGGCAGGCUCAACCGUGGCAGGGCAGCUGAUUCUCAGUCUUCACAGCACGCUGGUGGACCCUCUGCUGAAGGUUGAGCUCAUUGGGAGAGGCUACCUGGAGUGGACCGAAGAGGCCCACUUGGACAAGGACUAUAGCCAGCGAGCCACCUGCGUUAACAAGGCGGACUACGUUCACAAGACGAAAACAUUCAAGACUGAACAUAACUGGCUGGGCCCGGGUGUGCACAAAUUCGAUUUUGACUUCGUCUUACCUCCGAGGAUCCCAUCAACUUUCACCAGCCGUGUGGGGAAAAUUAGCUACUUCCUCCAAGCAAUCUGUGCCACGCGAGAACUUAUCCUUCGCAAGCAGAAAAAGUAUAUUUUGGUUCAAGGGACUUCCCUGUACAGCCAGGACACCGUGCAGUCCAAGUACCCGUUGGUGGUGGAAGUUCAGAAGAUCCUGGCUUACAACUGUUGUCUCAGGAGCGCCCCCAUCACCCUGCGCAUGUCGCUGAGCAAGAGCCUCUACCUUCCGGGCGACAACAUCAGCUUCACCACCGAAAUCACCAACCCGACGGGCAAGUCCAUCCGGAAGGUGGUUUUCACCCUCCACUCGGUGGUCCUCUACAAAGCCUUCAACUUCCGAGCGGAGCCCCGGACAUUAGAGCAGCACGAAGAAAUGAUGCGACUGGAGUCGAACAUGGAGCAAGGCCCUUGCGAGUUCACCAAGAUUCACAGCACCCUCUGCUUGCCCAAAGUGAUGCCCGUCAGCAGCACCCAAAAAUCCGACGACAUCAUGGAGAUCGGCUACGAGCUGACGGGGACGGUCCACUUCCCCUGGUGCCUCAACAGGGUGGUGGCCAAGAUCCCCGUCGUGGUCAGAAACGAAGCCACGGAGCUGCCAGAGUAAAUGAGGGAAGGCUGUGCCCCAAACCCUCUGCCAUUUUUGUCCAAAUAGGUGGAUAUAGUUUUCAAAAUGGAUCCCGUUCUCCAUCCCCGUCUCCUGACUCAUUAAAUGCUCGCGCUACGUUUCUGUUUCCGAGACUCCCUGUUCAAUUGGUUGGGUUUUACAA